AUAUAUGGCUCCUUAGCCGGAUCCCGUGGCUCUGGUGAGUGACCCCCGAGCUGCCCCUAGGAUAUAUUGCCCGUGCCAGCCGCCUCUCCCCGGGCAGUUUCCUGCUGCUCCCGGAUGUCUCAGGCCCAGGCUCCUCCCGCUGACAGCCGGCUGGGAGCUGCACGGAGCGGAGACGGACUGCGGGAGACGCCAAAUGAUUUAACUAUUAAACUGCCAACGCGAAGAUGCUUCUCACGCAGUGGAUGUAAAAUAAAUUCCACCUGGGCUGUUAUUCCAACCUGAAAUCUGAGCUUCUUACUCCGUCCUGAGAAUUCUCAUCAGACCGGCUUCCUAAGGGCUGUCUGCGAGGUUCCAUGGCUUGGCUAGAAAACCCAAAGGAGAAGCUGCUUGUAUCUGAGCAGGCGAUUGUGCUGCUGUCCUGCGCCUUGUCCUUCCUGGGCUCUGCGCUCAUCAUCUUCACCCACAUCCGCUGGCCGGAGCUCAGAAGUCGGCCCCGUCAGCUGCUCCUCUACCUGUCCGUGGCGGACUUGCUGUCUGCCGCUUCUUACUUCUAUGGAGUCCUACGGGAUUUCAGCGGCCCCAGAUGGGACUGCGUAGCCCAAGGCGCUGUCUCCACUUUCUCCAACACCAGCUCUUUCUUCUGGACGGUGUCCGUGGCCAUCUACCUCUAUAUCACCAUCGUGCAGUCUCAGCAAGCCUUAGCGGAUCACAUGAUAUACUGGUUCCAUUUAAUCAGUUGGGGCGUCCCGUUGGUGAUCACAGUGGCCGCUGUCUCUCUGCAGAAGAUCGGCUAUGAUGCUUCCUACGUGUCCGUGGGCUGGUGCUGGAUAAAUAUCGAUGCCGAGGACCGGCUUCUGUGGAUGUUAUUGGCCGGGAAGUUGUGGGAGAUCCUGGCGUAUCUCAUUCUGCCUGUACUCUACAUCCUCAUCAAGAAACACAUCGGAAGAGCGCACGCGGCUCUGUCCGAGUACCGCUCGAUUCUAUCGGCUGCUCCUGUGUACCAACCCAGGACCAUUGCUGAUAAGAAGCUAAUCUUCAUCCCAAUUAUUUUCAUCUUCCUUCGCAUCUGGAGCACCAUACGAUUCAUCCUGACCCUCUGCGGUUCCGCAGCCGUGCAUAACGUCAUUCUGGUCAUUCUUCACGGUGUUGGAAACACGUUCCAGGGAGGCGCCAAUUGCAUCAUGUUUGUGCUGUGCACGCGUGUUAUCAGGUCACGUCUCCUGGCGUCACUGAGAUGCUGCUGUUGCAAGCCUUGCGCUUCUGACUGCACACAGAACGGCGUGUCUGGAGGGCAGGCGUCCGGCUACGGCUCCACCGCAGAGACCGAGAGAGAGAAGUGGUCGACCCACCUGCCAAGCACUUGAUCUUGUUUCUGUGUCCCGAAAUCUGCUUUGUUAGAAUAUCUCUGGGUAUUUUGUACACAUUUUGUCGUCUUAUUCCUACUCAAAAGGAUUUUAAGACUUCCUAAACUACAGGAUAUUAACGUCCAUGCCAAAGUGGAGUGGCGCUCCUUCAGGGUGAGCGGACAUUCGGUUUACCUUGUGUCAAGACAAGAAACUAAUAUUUCUCUGUGUUUUGAAGCACAUCCUUCAGGGAAAUGCAAUAGGAUACCUUUUUCUAUUCGAUAUGGGUUUGGACGGAUUAUACUCAAUAAUGGUGGUCCGUUCAGAAGUAUCUUUCUAGUUUACAAUCCGUGGGGUUCUGCUAUCACUGGCAGAACAUGAACGUAGCAACUAACGUUGAUCUUUUAUUGUGUGUUCACAAAGUGACCUUGCUGAUGACACCUCCUUUCCAAAUAAUAA